AUGACGCGAUAUGCAAAACUAAAAAAGAAAUAUGAAGAAGCCGGAGGCUUUAAUGUCACGCCUCUUAUACCCGAACAAGGCGACAGAGUGUCGGAAGGUGGUGAAGGUCAGGGAGGAAAGAGAGCAUCCGAGGAUAAGCAAGAAUUUACGGAUAAUCGAGGAAGAGAUCUUUUGGUGUCAAACAAGAAGAUAAAAACCAACGAGAAACAGAAAAAAAUUAUAUUGACAAAGUCUGAAAGAUCAGAGAAACGCAGAUUGAGACGAAUUCGGAUGCGACAGAAUAAAACUGUUUGUUUUGGAUGCAGAAAAAUCGGACACAGUGUCAUUAACUGUCCAUCAGCGAAAGAGAAAGGUGUAGGAGUAUGCUAUAAUUGCGGUUCACCCGAACACACCACUAAAGACUGCAAAAAAUCUAUUAAACAAGGUGAUUCUUUAACUAGUCAGCACUAUGGCAAUCAACAUGCUAAUGGAUUUCUCCACGUUAAUGAUAUAUUGAAUCUAGGGGAUAAAUAUCAAUACGCAAAAUGUUUUGUGUGCAAUGAGCAAGGUCAUCUUUCCGGAAAAUGCCCCCAAAAUGACAAAGGAUUAUACCCAAAGGGUGGUGGGUGCAGAUUCUGCGGGAAAGUGGAUCACCUAGCGAAAGAUUGUACCCUGAAGAAAGAAGAUGUUGGAACUUCAUUUAUAGGAAAGAUAGAUCUGCAUCAUGGUGCAGACGAUGAUGACUUUCAUAUAUUUGUUGGGGAGAAGGAUGAUUUUAAAAAAGGAGACAGAAAUUCACGUUCUGCACGUGAUAAUGUAAAACCGAAAAAGAAGAUAAUCAACUUUUCAUGA